UUUUAUUUUUUAAAAUUUUAAACCCAGGGAAAAGUUACAAUAAUGAAUAAAACCUGCAGAUAGGGCCGGGGAUUUAGCUCAGUGGUGCUACCGCCCACCUUGCAAGUGCAAGGACCCAAGUUCGAUCCCCGGUACCAAAAAAACCAAAAAACCCUCCAGAUAAAUCCUCUUACCUAGACUCAUCAAUUAUUAACGUUUGUCACAUUUUUCUUUCAUGUUGCAUGGAAUCCCCAGUAGGGGACACUGGGAUGCCACUUUCUAACACAACAGUUUCCCAGUGUUGCAUGUCGCCUACCCCAACCUUCCUUUAGGGCACAGGAUAGCAAAGCCCAGGCUUCCGGGUUCUCUUGGUCAGGCCUGUGCCUGUGACUUCUCAAGGGCCUUCACUGUUUCUGUUGUCUCACUUCCUGGACAUUGGCAUCUACAUUCUUCUCGUCCCUCUCCCCUUUCAGAGGGUGUACUAAGAAUGACUACUGGAGCUUGGGGAGGGAAGGGUGAGAGGACAUGGGGAAAACCCUAGUGGGGAGAGCUCCUUGGAGAGGAUCCCAGGGAUCCCAGUCCUGCCUGGCUUCUGUGAAAAUCCAGCUGUGCCUUAACCCUAUGCAUGGUGCCUGGCUGUGUGACUAAAUAUUUCUCAGCAUUCCUACUGUCCAGAGACCUCAGGGUGGGGAGGAAGGAAGGCUCUCUGCAGGGCAGGCAGCGUACACACCCCACUCCAACAGGGGCCUGGCGAAGGAGCUUGGACAGAGGAGGCCCAGGCUCUGGGAGAGACAAGAAUCUCAAUUUGGUGGAGGAAGAGGGAGGCAAAUGAGCAAAAUUUAUUGAACACCUACUGUGUGCCAGGUCCUCCAACCAUGAAAUCAUUAAACACUGAAAACAAUCCUUCCUAGUAGGCAUUGUCAUCCCCACAGUAUGGAUGAAGGGAUGAAAUGGGGAUGGGGUCACUGGCAUUUGUUCUCUUCAAUCUCGAUGGAGCAGAGAUGAGGUGUCUCUCCUGGGUAUUGCCCAAAUUGCAGAUAUGUGAGAAGACGGAUUAUUAUCAUUGUCUUAGGCCCUUAUGUUUGGGGUAGUGGUGUGUUUGUUAUGCAGUGAUAGAUACUGGAACACCAUGCCUCACCUCUCCAGGGCUCACCAAGUACCACUGAGUUUCCUUUUCAAUACCUCUUAAAUCUACCAUCUCCUCUUCACCUUCUCUGCUACCCUCUCUGUCACCUGGACAACUGGAUGAGUGUCCUCAUCCAUGUCUUUCCGCUCACUCUGCAGCCACAGGUUCCUGUAUGGCCAGAGAUCCAGAGAUCGCACUCCAGGCCAGCUGCACCCACUUGAAGCACUUGGUGGCUCUGCACUGCUCCUGGGGGUGGGACUUAUCAUCCCCGCCUUCAGGCUUGAGCCACACUCUUUCUCCAGUACCGCAUGCUCUGCCCCACAGGCUUGUCACAGACAGUACCAUGCUCACCCUUUAGUUACCUCUCAUUCAUGUUUCAGUCUCAGCUCACUAAAUGGAUGCCUCUAAGCCAGCUGUUUUCCAAAUGGAGUCCCUGAACAGCAUCCCCAGGGAACUCACUAGAAAUGAACAUUCUCAGGCCCAAUCUCCGAAAGCCUGAGGCAGGUAGGGGCCAGGCUUGUUUAGCAAGCCCUGCAGGAGGUUCUGAUCCACCCAUUUGAGAACUGCCACUCCGAGGCCCCAUUACAGGUCAUGAACUGUUACUGUCUCCUCUCCCCAAAUUCCUUUCUUUCAGAGCUUUGUGCUUGUGAAGACUCAGGCCUUUGUGAGAUCAUCUGGUGAAUGUCCUCCCUGUAGGCCUGAGUGUGUGUGUGUCAGGGAUUUAAACCCAGAGCCUUGCACAUGGUAGGCCAGUGUUUUAUCGCUGAGCUUCCACACAGCCCUCAUCUAUUGCUCCUUGUUGCAUCCCGGCCCCUAGCCUGUGUUAGGCACAUGUCAGGGUAUGAUUAAGCAUAUAGUUGAGCAGAUGUUGACUAUCAGCCUUCAGCUGGUUAUGGACUCCCCACAGUGUGGGAAGGAGAAGGGAUUGGCCCUUUCAUGGCUCUGGAACCCUGAAAGUGGUGGAGGGGAGGAUAGGAAAUGUGUAAAAGCUUGAGGAGGCUAUGUCCUCUGCAUGAAAGGGGUUGUUCAGAAGGCUGGGAAAGGGUGUCCAGAGACAGGGCUCCUCCCACUUCCCUCCCUAGUCCCUCCCCACCUUGUAGUCCUCAGCUGACUUCCAUUGAGCAGGGAGCCCCACCUUGUUGUAUGGGCUGCUUGUGAUUUACAUCAUCAAUACAACAAGCUUCUGAGGCGCGCAUUAGCAUUCCCAUUUUACAGAUGGAGAAACUGAGACUCAAUGAGGUUCAAGGCCAGGGUAGGGCAAGCCUUGAAACAGGCCUUGAGACUAUGGCUCUGUGCCUUGCCAUGAAUGCCUGGGGGGAGAGCACUCAGAUGGGGCAGGAGAGGAGGUGGGGCUGUGUGGGGCCAAGUGGGACCUUCCACUGGGCAGCCCAGCCAUGGGGACCGUGGAACUGGGAGGCGGAUGGCUUAAAGGCGCCAGACCUUCCAAAUUCUCAAGAGAAACUCAUAGCUGAUUUAAUAUAAAAUCUCCCUGUUGCUGAAUGUUAGCAAACAAUUAUAUUUUUAAAAAGCUCAGCUGGGUAUGAUGGUACCUGCCUGUAAUCCCAGCACUGUGGGAGGCUACAGCAGGAGCACUGUAAGUUUGAGGACAGCUUGUGCAACCGAAUGAGACCUUGUCUCAAAAUAAAAAAUAAAAAAGAAACCUGCAUCUGGUCACCAAAUUUGACAAAACAAAAAUAAAACAAAACUCAGAAGCUUCCAGAGAUAAAGGCCUACACUUUGAUGAGAUUGGGUGGCUGCACAACAGCAAACCACCCCCCACCAUGGCUGUGUCAAUGCUGCUACUUCUGCCAUCUGUUGGGCAGUCUACUUUAAAUUCAGGGUCACCACCCUCAGCAAGACACAGACCCCCAAUACUGACCUGACCUUCAUUUCUCUGGCCCCACUGUGAGAGGCUGGAGCUGUCUGGUCACAGCUGUGUCCAGGGCCCUGGGCUGCGAGCAGAAGGUGCUCACCAAGUAAAUGCUUGCAGAUGGAGAAUCCUGAUCACCAGCCUCCUUUCCAAGCAUGCUAGCUCCUCCCCCUCCCCUGCCCCGGGCAGGUGGGCAGGGUCCUGGUGUAUUAAGAGCCAGCAGCUGGAGACCCCGGAGAUGCUGGGUCCCUGUGGAGCUUGAGGCUUGGCAUGGCUACCUUCUGCCAUGCAAUUGAAGCUGAGGGUGAAGUCAGGGAGAAGAAGGAGAAAGAGGAGAAAGAGCAAGAGAAGGCAGAAGUGGGAGAAUCCACAGGAGAGAAGGCUCCAAAGUCUCCUGGGAUCACGACUCCCUUAUCUCAGAGGGGAAAGGCUAGGGGUGAAGGGCCCGUGGAGGUCAAGCUGGAGCUGCACCCCCUGCAAAACAGGUGGGCUCUGUGGUUCUUCAAGAAUGACCGAAGCCGGGCCUGGCAGGACAACUUGCACCUGGUCACCAAAUUUGACACUGUGGAGGACUUCUGGGCGAUGUACAGCCACAUCCAGCUGGCUAGUAAGCUCUCUCCUGGGUGUGACUACGCCCUGUUCAAGGAUGGCAUCGAGCCCAUGUGGGAAGACAGCAGGAAUAAGCGGGGUGGCCGCUGGCUGGUCAGUCUUGCCAAACAGCAGCGCCACAUUGCUAUGUCUGAUUGGGGAGAGCUUCGAGGAGCACAGCAAGGAGGUGUGUGGAGCUGUCAUCAACAUCCGUACCAAGGGGGACAAGAUCGCUGUGUGGACAAGGGAGGCAGAGGACCAGGCCAGCGUGUUGCACAUUGGGCGUGUGUACAAAGAGCGCCUGGGCCUCUCUGUGAAGACCGUCAUUGGGUACCAGGCCCACAUUGACACGGCCACCAAGAGCAACUCUUUAGCUAAGAAUAAGUUUGUGGUGUGAGGGGCCCUUGGCACCACUCUUAAUCUGUGGGGCAGCCACCUCUGAGUUUCUUACCGCUGUGAGAUGAAUGGGGAAAGGCAGGCUGUAUUGCUGUUCCUGGGCGGCACUGGAGGACAGAUAGCCUGGUUUUACCUGUCCUGAAGUACAUAUAAACACCUUUUUUUGUUUGGGGUUUGUAUGUUCUUAAUCACUUGGGCUAAAGCAAUAGUCCUGGGUCAGCCUGCUAAGUGGCUUGGACCAUAGGGACUUGCCACUUUGACCGGCUUCAAAUGAACAGUCUUUAAUGGGAGUUGGGAUUAGGCCUGGAGGCAGGGUAGUGGUGGUGGCAGCAGUCUGAGGUCCAAGCCUUUCUUGGGGCCACAGGGCCAUGACAGGGUGGAGGAAAUACUUAGGUUUGCUUGUUUUACCUGGGGGCUGGAUGGUGGAGAAAGCCCUGAAGAGCCUUUUGUUGUCUCUUCUCUGGACAGGGCCUGCCAGCUGGGGCCAGUGCUGCCUGUGCCUCGCCUGCUUUAGGGUUAGAUUGAAGGAGAGGGCAUAGACCAGCCCCAGCCCUCAGGACAGGAGCUAGGUGUUGACUGAGGCUCACCCUGGUUUUGUUAGUGGUGGAUUCACUUGAAAAUGAUGACCUUAAGCUAUUUUCUGUACCUGUUCUAAAUAAAUACUUCUGAACAAGCUUGGAAUUAUUUUUUUGUGAGGGCUCUAACUAAACUUUUGAGUAAGAUUCAGUUUCACCUAAAUAUCGAUCUGCCCUGUCCUGUCUUGAAGGAGCUCAUGUGAGAUUCCCAGGCACUGCGCCCGGGCAGGACCUAAGCUGGUGUGGGGGAAGAGUGAAAGACUGGAGCCCUCAAAUGCCAAGGGGUGGGGGACUGGCGCCGGCUGGACCGAAGGGACAAGAACAACAGGCGUGGCACUCACAAGACCAAUGUCGCCGUCUGGCCUGAGUUUGGGCCAGUUAUCGGUAGAGCUGAAUUUCUGUGAGUGAAACGUGAUGUGAUUAGACUCCGUUGUAAUUACACGUGCUGACGUGUGUUAACUUGAUCCAGAUUCCCAUCCGCUCACGCAAGCGGCAGUUACAGCAUCUCGGGGAUGGGGAGAGGACUGGGAACGCUGGUCCUGAGCCCGCCGUGACCAGCGCCCGCAGCGGGCGUCUCUGGCGGGUCUGAAGGACGCUGGGAGAUUGCAGCACCGGCGGGCUCCAGCACUCAGAGGCGGGGCUCCGAGAGGACUGGGCUAUGUUGGGGCGUAGCCCUGGCGGAGCGGGGGCUCGGG